CACAUCUUUCUAGCAGACUGACAGAGAGAGAGGUAGAGGGAAAGAGGGAGAGUAAGAGGUGUACAGACAGACAGAGUGAAAGUAGGGCAGCUGAAGGAAGAACAGAGAGAGAGACUACUUCUUGCUAUUCCACGAUUGCUGAGAGAGAUUUGACCAUGAAGCUCUUCUGCCUCUUGUUUCUGCUGGGUGUGUCUACAGUUCAGGCAGCUCAUCAGGACACCUCCAGGGUCUACCCCACCGUACCCUCGCAACUCAAGCCCCAGACGGAGCCUCCAGCCGAGGCCAAGUCCCGCUUUGCCAUGCUGGACGAUGUCCGUCUCCUUGCCAACGGCUUGCUCCAACUGGGUCAGAGCCUCAGGGAGUUUGUCCACAAGACCAAGGCCCAGAUCAACGACAUCUUUCAAAAACUCAACAUCUUUGACCGCUCUUUCUACCAGCUCUCUGUGGUCACCUCUGAGAUAAAGGAGGAAGAGGAGGAGCUGAAGAAGACCACCACAUUCCUCAAGGCCAACAACGAGGAGAUCCGGAACCUGUCUCUGGAGAUCAACUCCAAGAUCAACAGUAUCCUGCAAGAGAGGAGCCAGCUGCAGAGUAAAGUAGGAGGGCUGGAGGAGAAACUGAAGGGACUGUCGGAGAGCAUGAUACCCGCAGAGCAGCUCAACGAGAUCAAGUCACUCAAGGAUGUGAUUGAGGUUCAGGAGAGGACCAUCACGGACCUGCUGAAAGCUGUGAGGGAGCAGCACGAUCAGCUCAACCACCAAAAAACUAAGAUCAAGACUCUGGAGGAAAAGAUCAGCAUUGACAAUUUCCAGGACACAACUGACAAAGCAGCGGAUUCCAACUCGGAGACGCCAGACAUGUUUGAAUACCUGACAGGCAACUCCACUGGUCCGGACACAGACCUAUCCAUGGACUGCAGUGAUCUGUUCAACAGAGGAGAGCGAAACAGCGGGGUGUACUCUGUCAAGCCAAACCUAUCUGAGCCUUUCAACGUGUACUGUGAACUGACCUCAGAAGGAGGAUCAACAGUCAUCCAGAGCAGGGAGGACGGGUCUGUGGAUUUUGACCAGGCAUGGGAGAAGUACGAGAACGGAUUUGGGGAUCUGGAAAGAGAGUUCUGGCUGGGCCUGAGGAAGAUCCACAGCCUUGCUAGUCAGGGUGAAUCUAUCCUGCGUAUUGAGCUGGAGGACUGGAAGGAGGAGAGGAGGUCUGUAGAGUACCAGUUCACCCUGGAGGGACCCCAGGCCCACUACACCCUCCACCUCACCCACCUGUCUGGUGAUCUUCCCGACGCCAUGGGCAACCACAGUGGCAUGAUGUUCUCAACCAAGGACAGAGACAACGACAACCACCAGGACUCCAACUGUGCCAAAAACUACACAGGUGGCUGGUGGUUCAAUGCCUGUGGUGACACCAACCUGAACGGCAGGUACGUGUGGCUGAGGUCAAAGGGUCGUUCCAUGAGGAGGAAAGGAAUCCAGUGGAAACCUAUGGGGACCUCCUACUCCCUCAAGACCACCAAGAUCUCCAUACGACCCGUCUCACCCGCCCCCCUCACCUCAAGCCCCCCCUUAACCUCGUCCCCAACUACAUUACACCUCGUUGGUAUGGCAACAACAAAUACACCCCCUCUCGCCGUAACCUUCCACUUACCCACCCUCACAUUACACAUUGUUGGCAUGGUAGCAAAAGAUUGAGCAGUUGCUGACAGUAGAAAAAAAAAAAGUCAGCCGCCAAUAACAGCCAGCCAACAAAUUUGUAUGACAGAAAAUAAGCUGAUUCGUCAGAAUGAGGCAAUAGCAGUCAGCCGGUCAAUGACCUCACAAAUUGUUCCAGAAACACAGAGAGUUGGGUAACAACUGGGAGGGGUAAUCGGUUUUAUAAGAGCCAAGUUUUGCUUUGGAUGGAAUGUCAGAUGAUUCAACACUGUCUGUCCUGGUCUGCAACACAUCCCAGCACUGAGAAGCUAGGCUACCUUCAAAGGGUGGGAGAAAAAAAAAAUCAAUUAAGUAAUUAUGUAACCGACAGAACACUCUGUUUUAGAUAAGUUACUACUCAUUAUGUGUUAAAUGAAUGAACUGCAUGUGACAAAGGCAUAAUCCUUAUCCACUGAUUUAUCACUCUAUAUUGUAUUUCUGCACAUUUGGUGGCUGUUGCUGAAUGUACCAAAUAUUCACACGUAAGUAGACAAAAUAUCAACAUGAUGCAUAGAUCUUCAAAUGUAUAUGAGCUUAGUGUUUUCACCAUCUUUUUAAAAACUUUAUACUGUAUUUAAAACUAUUUUGAUAAUGUUCUAUUAAAUGUGCUGCCAGGUUAGUUAACGUCAGGUCAUUUACAUUGGUCAUAUUGACUCGUCUCCUGCCAACUCUUAUCUUUCUGCUGCAUUUAAAACGGCUGCUACAUACUGUACAUAUUUUAUGUUUCUUACUAAUUAUUGCUGAGCGAUUAAAUUAAAUGUAGUUUUUUUCCCCCCAUUAUUAAACUAAUUGACCGACGUUGGUUCAAUUACUUGAAUUCCAUUUCAUUUUUGUCAGUUCAACGCGCCGUUCCUCUAGAGAAAUAAAAACAAGCAAGAGAGAAAACAGAUCAAGAAUGAACUGAAAUGCUAAAGAAAGUUUUUCAAUAGAAUAAUAUUUAACCUAGUUCAGCGCAUAAGUGGUAAUUAACUACAAUGUCCAUAAUCCAUUGCGCCUGUACUGCCUUCCAUAUGUUACUCUCGGCCAUAUGCAUGAGAGAGUUAUGUACACAAAACCGACAAAAGGGAUAGAGACAGUUUGAGAGGUAGCUCUACCCGAUUGACAGUUGUAGUAUUUGGUAAUUAGCAGUCUUGAAAGUGAUUUUUUCAUACAGCAUAGGCAGCUAGCUACUAGCUUAGCUAAAUAGGAUAACUAGUUGGAGAGAACGUCAGAUGGUUGUCUGGCUGGCUGCUACUGUCUGAGCAGAGAUGAGAUGACUAACAAAUUAAAUAGAAUAAAAAGUAAUAAGACUGUUAGAAUGUUUUCAAUGUUUUGGCAAUUGGAGGUUCUCAAUAUUUGGCUUUGGAAUAUUUCUUAAAAAGCUCUAAAAUCAUUUUAAGGUAAUCAUUUCAUGUAAAAAAAGUUUUUUUUACCAAAAUAAAAAUCCCCCACAAAAACACUAAUCGCUCAGCACUAUUACUUCCACCUUAUCAGAGAGACUCUGGUAAACUACUGUAUAUUUAUAAAUGACAAAUAAAACCAUCAUACUCAAAACAAAUAUACCGCUGUCCUUUGUAUUCUUUGCCAAGGAAAAACCAACAAACUGGGCUAAUGAUCUAAUGCCAUCUAAGCAGGUUUAGCCAAUGCUUUACCAACCACAGGUCAUCACACCCCUGGCCUAUAAACUCAACAGUUGAGUCCGAUCAGCCCGCAAUGCUGACAACAAUCCUGAAACAUUAUUUGCAUUAACUAUCUUAUGCAAGUGAGAGGCCAAUAUACAGUACACGCAAACAACAGUGAGUAAAUGGCAUUUGCUACCGUGCCCAGAUGUACUGUACCGCUUAUCCAAUCAACAUGUAAAUGUACAUAGGUAAAUAAACUUCAGAGCUCACAGCGUUUUCUACCAUAGAAUUAGAAUACUAGAAUGGACAUGAACCUUCUUAUGACAGUAUAAAUGGUAAGCAAUGGUGAGUUGCUGUGAUAAGAUCGUGUAAGACGAUUAAUUUGAAGAUUAUCUGCACUGUGCGUUUGUUAGCUAGCUAAACAGACAGGUUUAGUGGAAUGAUUGCAGUAGUUCUUCAAAUUAAACUGCCAAUACGACAACAUUCCAUACAAACAAUGCAGUCAAUCCACAGCCACAGAGUGGCUGAAAUAAGUUGAUGAUAGGACUUAGACAAGUUGGAAAUGCAAGUACUGAUAUUGUAAUAUCACUCAUAGCUUUCCAAGAAAACAAAAAUGGAGACAUGGUCCGUUGACAUAUUUCCCCAUCUCAGGAGGUAACUAUAGUAGGUGCCCAUUUAAAGUAACAGGGUUGACGAUUUAAUCUUAUAUCAGUCAUAAAUCCCUGUGUGACAGGGGGAAUGGAAGCUUGUUGUGUGCAACAGGGAGUGGCAAUUGAAUGCAAGCGUCACAAAAAGUAAUUGCUAAAACAUUUCUAACCCAUAUAUCUUUGGGUAAGAGGGACGACGUGUUAUGUUCGACCGGCUCGGUUUUCAACCACAAAACCCCAGAAAAUUGCCAAAAAGGGUAGAACCUAAAUGAAUCACUAAUCAUAUGAAAUAAAUCAUAAUCUUCAGAAAUUACUGUCAAAGCAACAACAUAACUAGGGCUUUACAGUGACGGUAAAACCAACCUUUGGAGUAAGUGGGUUGAAAGCUUCCUAGAAGAUAAUAUUUUGCACUUUGGCAAACCUUUUUCAUAUUAAAAAACAAACUUAUUGAAUUCUCCAUGUGGUCUACAUUAAAGGGCACUUCAUUUAACAAAAUAAAAAAAUCUAUAUAGGUGCACAACUUCAACUAAAAUAUCAAUGGGACGGAAAAGGGACUUUUUGUGGAACGAAUCACAUGACAAUAUUUUAGGUUGACAAUAACUAUUACAUGUAGUGAUGUACCGAAAUGACAUUUUUGGCCGAUACCGAUAUCUUCCUUGUAAAAAAAAACCCUGAUACCGAUAACCGAUAUUUAACAUUUUGGCAGCCUUUUAAGCAUUCUAGUACAGUUAAAUAGUUCGCACACACACACGGACACAGCGGUCUAAGGCACUGCAUCUCAGUGCAAGAGGCGUCCCUACAGUCCCUGGUUCGAAUCCAGGCUGUAUCACAUCUGGCCGUGAUUGGGAGUCCCAUAGGGUGGCAGACAAUUGGCCCAGCAUUGUAGGCCGUCAUUGUAAAUAAGAAUUUGUUCUUAACUGACUUGCCUAUUUAAAUAAAGGUUACACACACAAAAGUUAUUUUGUUGGCAUUUAGGCAUGUCCCCAUCACCAGUAAAAUAUAAUCAAGACCUAUUUAUUUCACUUACUUGCUGUGCUGUUUCGUUCAGUCGUUUCAUUCUCAACCAGGAUUCUAUGGAAUGUUGUUUGGGUCUUUGCGUGUCAAAAAAUAUACUAUUUGACGUGUCAAAUAAGCUUGUUGACCAAUCAGGACCCGAAUAUGACUGCACGUCACAUAAUUUAACGCAUUCAUACAUUUUUUAUGUAGUUAUUACACAUUGAUUACACUAUCACUCGUAUUUCAUGUCACAACGAUUCAUCGAUACGUAUACUAUGACGCUGGUAACAUUGUCUCGCACUCCUACAGUGCAGGUCAUAAAAAAAGCUAGCUAGCUUAUGGAUGCAAACAAUGUUCUUCCCCAAAAACAUAGCAAAACAAUAUAAUCUGUUUCAGGAGGUUAAAUAAAGGUAAAAUAAAAUAAAAAUAUCGUGCAUCCCUAAUGACAGGAUUUCUGAUAUCUCCCAUUUUACUUCUAUUUUCCUGCAUACGUAAAAGCAGGAAAUGCAUCACCUACAGUAUGCCUCUACUGCCAUUUAUUCCAAUUAGAAUGGUUUGGAUUUCUCCCUGACCAAAAUGGCUGCCAUUACCAAACCAUUCUGGGUUUAUGAUAUAUCCCUCCUAGUAAUGUAAUAGUUUCUACCACAUCAAUCUCCUUAACCAGGAAGUAUGCAGAGCAACUAAAGCAGAGAUACUAAAGCUGGCAGGAGCUCAAUCUAGGAAGGCCCUGACUGCUAUCAGGAGCCAAACAAGGCCUCAGGGCAGUUGAAGUGACCAUGUCAACACAACCUGUGAUAAGGGUCCUCUCGCUCUUUCUUUCUUUCCUUCUUUCGCUCUAUCCCUCUCUCAUUCCCUCCAUGCCACCACAGUGUCUGAUAAGAGCCCUCUCUCCCUCCCUUCAUCUCCCUCUUUCUCUCUCGCCAUGUCAACACAGCGUCUGAUAAAAGUCCCCUCUCCCUCACUCUCUGACCUUGACUAAAAUAGCAGCAGGGCUCAGAAGGUCACUCAACACAAGGCUGUGUGCAGUUAGUCAGUCGAUCUGGCAGUCACACGGGACAUGGGGUGCCGUUACAGAUUGUUACAUGUUGAACCCGAUGCGCCACGCCUAGGAGGAAAGCUUAAUAUCAACAGGAAGGCCUGUAGGUUGUGUGUUGUGCUGCUCUGUUACAGUAGUGUUACCCCCAUGGCUCAGAUGAAAGCGAGACACAGAGUGGAAGGGAGAAAGACCGUUUGGUUCGUCUGUGUCCUCCAGGCUCCAGUGUGUUUGAUCAGAACAGUUAGAUGGAAAAACACAGUCUCAAAAACAGGAAGGACUUCAUGUGUGUCACAUUCCCCUUGACGACUAGGAAUGACAUCAACGUGUCAGGAAUGCCCUGUUGGUGGUAUUAGAUUGUAAGUUUCAGGAUGGUAUUGUAUUACAAAUUCAAGCCAUCUAGCACAAACUUCCGCCGUACCUUACUUCAUUUUUAAACUACAGACUUACCAGACCCGAUCACAGGGAUGGCAAACUCUAUAAGUCCCGUUGAACUGUUGAGGAAUGUGAUUGCUUUUCAUUAAUUGCUUGCAAGUACUGUAUGUUUUUAUUGCAUUGCAUUUGUAAAAUGCUGUAUUUGUAUGCAGGGCUCUCUUGAAAGAGAGGCCUUGGUCUCAAUGGGAUUUCCCUGCUAAAAUAAAGGUUAAAUAAAUAUC